CCAUCAUCAGGAGCUCUGAAAAGUUCGUGGAUAAAAGGAGCACGGCAUGGUGCUGGACGAUACCAACAGAUCUGCUGUCGCGCAAAGCAACGAAGAAACUAUGAAGUCCUUGAUGGGCGAGGAGCGCGUGCGAGAGACAGGAGCAAGUGUGGAAACCUUUAACGGCAUGAUGAUCUCCGAGGUCCUUAUCCCUCGUCUAUUCAAAAUUGCGCACGAGUCUGGAGAGGUGGCAGUGGCUGCGGGCUCCGGAUCCUUGGAAAUGAAGCCCUCCAGCUCCCCGAUCCUUCUGGAGAUGAUGGAGGUGGCGAACGGCACGCGCUGCGCGGAGCAGAUCCUCAGCUACGGAGAGGUCGAGAAGGUGCUGAUCGGUGGAGUGCUGACCAUGCUGACGCUCAUCACCAUCUGCGGGAACCUGCUCGUGGUCAUCUCCGUGUGCUUCGUGAAAAAGCUACGGCAGCCCUCCAACUAUCUCAUCGUGUCCCUCGCGCUCGCGGACCUCUCCGUUGCGCUCGCGGUGAUGCCGUUCGUCAGCAUCACGGACCUGAUCGGUGGCCGCUGGAUUUUUGGCAAGUUCUUCUGUAACGUGUUUAUCGCCAUGGAUGUGAUGUGCUGCACUGCGUCCAUCAUGACCCUCUGCGUUAUUAGCAUAGACCGGUACCUUGGCAUCACCAGACCCCUAACUUACCCAGUGCGGCAGAAUGGAUGGUGUAUGGCCAAAAUGGUGCUCUCUGUAUGGCUGCUUUCUGCAUCAAUCACCUUGCCGCCACUCUUUGGCUGGGCGCAGAACGUGAACGAUGACCGCGUGUGUCUGAUCAGCCAGGACUUUGGCUACACCAUUUACUCUACAGCUGUUGCAUUUUACAUCCCCAUGACUGUCAUGCUGGUCAUGUAUUACCGCAUCUACCGUGCCACCAAGCUCAGUGCUGCCAAACACACCAUCACUGGCUUCCCUCGUGCAGGACAUGGGGAGGAUGAGGUGGAAGGAGUAGAAGGGGCUGAAGAACAUGUGGAAGUGGAUUGCAUAACCGUUGCAAUCAAGCUGCAGAGGGAAGUGGAAGAGUGUGCACGUCUGCCUCGACUCCUGCGAGGAGUCGGCAGGAGAAACUCGGACCGUAGGAGCAUCUCCAUAUUUAAGCGGGAACAGAAGGCGGCGGCCACGCUCGGGAUUGUGGUAGGAGCAUUCACCGUCUGCUGGCUUCCAUUCUUUCUCCUCUCCACGGCCCGCCCCUUCAUCUGUGGGACAGAGUGUAGCUGCGUCCCGCUGUGGGUGGAGAGGACGCUGUUGUGGCUGGGCUAUGCCAACUCUCUCAUCAACCCCUUUAUCUACGCUUUCUUUAACCGUGACCUGCGCACCACCUACCGAAGCCUGCUCAGCUGCCGUUACCGCAAUAUUAACCGCAGACUGUCGGCCGCCGGCAUGCAUGAGGCCCUCCGCCUGGUGGAAAGACCGGAGGUGGUUGUCUCUGGGUGACCCGAUGUGUGCACAUAAAAUACAAAGUUUGGAGGUCAACAUUUGCACUGGAACUCACAAGCCUAAAUGGUCAUUAUGGCAUUAAGGAUUGUGUUAUCUUUUGGACAGUACACAGUCCAAAACAGUGGUCAAAGUAGACAGAGGCAUGCAUUAUGGUAAAUGCAAUUGCAUUUUCUCAUCUUUACUGACAUAGGAACACAAUCAUCGGCUUUCCUUUAGUAGAACAAGAGAGAAAAAUGCAUAUCUGAUGUCUCACAUAAAGUACAGCUUCUUUUUCAAUUCCAGAUAUUCUAAAACAAGAAAUGCAUAUAUAUAAAUUUAUAUACAGGACAUGAUGUUGGUGUCUUGAUAUCUUAUCACUUGAGGGAUUCUGGAUACACAGAUCAAUAGAACUGUAGGGAGAAAUCUGUUAAGAUUUAUCCGUUCUUGAAAACAGAAAACCACUCAGCAUGGGCUCUGCUUUAAAAACGUUUAUUGAGCCGUGAGAAGCUCCUUUGUCAACUGUCAGCACCUGUUAGUUCACUAAGUGUGAUUCAUCUGUCUGAAUCUUGAGCCUCUGUGCUAAACAUAACUGAAGACAAACCAUUUCUACUAUGAGGUCUGCACAUGCACACUCUGUAUAAAACCACCAAUUGUUUUAUGCAUUGAUGGAAAGCACAUAAAUAUCUAAUGUCAGCUAAGCUUCUUUCUGCAGCUGUGUUUAAGCCAAAAAGAACAGGAUGUAAUCUGAUCACAGAUCAGUAAUUAAAGAG